AUGACUGAUGAAUUUAAUCGAUACUAUAUCAAAAUUCGAGUUAUUUUGGGAAUAAAUCCAAAAACAAUCUUCGACGAACUUACAGAAGCAUUGGGACCUGAUGCUUCAUCAUACUCAAUGGUUAAAAAUUGGGCAAAACGUUUUCGUGAAGGAAGAGAAGAUGUCAGUGAUGAUCCUCGAUCUGGCCGUCCGAUUUCAAUUCUUACAGUUGAAAAUAUUGAAUGUGUUCGACAAGUUAUCGAAGAUGAUCCCCACUCAACUUACGAAGAUAUUAUUGUUAAGACUGAUCUAUCGCGUGUAAUUAAUUGGCCUGCUCGAUAUUUAUUUAAACAAAUCGAUAGAUGGAAUCACUUUGAUGAAAAUAUGAAAUUAUCAGAAAAUAUUGGUUCAACUGCUGAUUUUCUUGAUUUACAUAUGGAAAAUCAAGAUGGUCAGCUAUUUACGACAGUUUAUCAAAAGCAGUCUUAUGAACCAUAUUACUUGCCGUUCAAUAGUAUACAUCCAUUACAUAUGAAGAAAAAUAUAAUCUUUACUGUGUUUCUUCGUACUAUUAGAUACUGUUCAACCUUUCAAGUUUAUUUGAAUGAACGUGAAAAAUUACGAAUGGCAUUAUUAUUAAAUAAAUAUCCAAAUAGAAUUAUUGAUGAACAAUUUAAUCAUGUAUUAUCAAAAUGUAAUAUUGAUCAACCAUUAGAUUUUAAUAAUUAUAAUUUAAUUCGGGAAAAAAUUAUAGAGACACCAAUAAAAGAAAAAAUACCAGUAGAUUAUGGUAAGAUAAUGUUUGUUCAUUUUACUUAUUGUUCAAUCUCGCCUAUUCUUGGUACACGUAAUGUAAAAAAUUUACAAAGACAAUUAACUUAUACACGAUAA